AAUAUAAAAUUCGGAGAAUAUUUCAUUCUUACCAAAUUGGUACAAAAUUCUAUUUGAAUUUUUGGAAGGGAACGAAAGGACUUCAAAGCAAAGUUGGGUCGAUUGAAUAAAUGGAUCGAGCCCUAGGGUUCAAAUUCUGAGGAAAGAAAGAACAACGAGCUUAUCUUCAUAAUUUGAAUGAUUUCCCGAUCUAAUUAGACGUUAAAAAAAAUUAGUGCCUGAUGCGGGAAAGGAUUCUCCCACGAGUGGAUCCUUUGUUUUUUUAUAGUGAAUCCUAACUAUUCGAUUAUCCAUUCUCCAUUAAAGAGAUGGAAAUGAAUGUGUAGAAGAAAGAGUAUAUUGAUAAAAUACUUUAAUUCCAAAAUCAAAAGAGCGAUUGGGUUGAAAAAAUAAAGGAUUUCUAACCAUCUUUUAUCUUAUAAAAAAAAGAAAAAAACCAAUUAGAUGGAAAAAGGUAGAAAAGUCCGCGGAUGCAUUUAGCCGUUUCCGGGGUAUCCAUUUUUUCGUAAUAAAAUGCCUUGUUUUGACUGUAUCGCACUAUGUAUCAUUUGAUAAUCCAAGAAACCCUCUAUUUUUACUUUUGUUUUCGGUCUAAAUUGAAAUGGAAAAAUUACAAGGACAUAGAGAACUAGAUAGGUCUUGGCAACAUAACUUUUUCUAUCCACUUAUCUUUCAGGAAUAUAUUUAUGUAUUUGCAUAUGAUCAUGCUUUAAAUAAAUUGAUUUUGUUGGAAAAUGCGAUCGACAAGAAAUACAGUUUACUAAUUGUAAAACGUUUAAUUACUCGAAUGUAUCAACAGAAUCAUUUUAUUCUUUCUGUUAAUGAUUCGAACCAAAAUGAAAUUUUUGGGCACAAACACAAAAAGAAUUUGUAUUCCCAAAUGAUAACAGAAGGUUUUGCAGUCAUUGUGGAAAUUCCAUUUUCCCUACUAUUAAUAUGGUCCCUAGAAGGAAAAGAAAUAGUAGAAUCUAAAAAUUUGAGAUCAAUUCAUUCAAUAUUUCCUUUUUUAGAGGACAAAUUCUUACAUUUAAAUUAUGUGUUAGAUAUAUUAAUACCUUACCCUGCCCAUCUAGAAAUCUUGGUUCAAACUCUUCGCUAUUGGUUGAAAGAUGCCUCUUCCUUGCAUUUAUUACGAUACUUUCUUUACGAGUAUCGUAAUUGGAAUAGUCUUAUUCGGCCAAAAGAAUCCAUUUCCCCUUUUUCAAAAAGGAAUCGAAGAUUAUUUUUGUUCCUAUAUAAUCUUGUUGUAUAUGAAUACGAAUCCCUUUUUGUUAUUCUACGCAAGCAAUCCUCUUAUUUACGAUCAACGUCUUUUGGAGCCCUUCUUGAACGAAUCCAUUUUUACGGAAAGCUAAAAUAUCUAGUAAAAGUCAAAGUUAAGGUUUUUGGGGUUAUCCUAUGGCUUUUCAAAGAACCUUUUCUGCAUUAUGUUCGGUAUCAAGGAAAAUGCCUUCUGUCUUCAAAAGGGACAUCCUUUCUGAUGUAUAAAUGGAAAUAUUACUUUAUUGCUUUCUGGCAAUGUCAUUUUUCUGUGUGGUCUCAACCAAGAAGAAUCUAUAUCAAUCAAUUAUCAAACUAUUCCCUCGACUUUAUGGGUUUUAUUUCAAAUGUGGGACUCAAUUCUUCAGUAAUACGGAGUCAAAUGUUAGAAAAUUCAUUUAUAGUAGAUAAUAUUAUUAAGAAGUUUGAUACCAUAGUUCCAAUUAUUCCUCUGGUUGGCUCGUUGGCUAAAGCAAAAUUUUGUAAUGGAUUAGGUCAUCCCAUUAGUAAGUCGGUCUGGACCGAUUUAUCCGAUGCUGAUAUUAUUGACCGAUUUGGACGUAUAUGCCGAAAUCUUUCUCAUUAUUAUAGUGGCUCUUCAAGAAAAAAAAGUUUAUAUCGAAUAAAAUAUAUACUUCGACUUUCUUGUGCUAGAACUUUGUCUCGUAAACAUAAAAGUACUGUACGUGCUUUUUUGAAAAGAUUAGGUUCAGAAUUUUUGGAAGAAUUCUUUACGGCGGAAGAAAAAGUCCUUUCUUUGAUCUUACCAAGAGAUUCUUCUACUUUAUCAGGAGUCUAUAGGGGGCGUGUUUGGUAUUUGGAUAUUAUUUGUAUUCAUAAUUUGGCCAAUGAUGAUGAUUUUGGUUAUAAGACUAUCUAAAUGGAAUGGAAAUUAUACCUAAAUGAAUGGAGGUAUAAGAUAAAAAAUAUUAUUCAUUCAUUUCUAUACUGAAAUGUUUAUACUUAUACAAUAAGAGUUGAAUCCAUUGAGUAUUCAACUUUGUUCGAGUUCCCCCUAGGAAGGGAACUGAGUUUGAAAUGUAUACAUAGGGAAAGCCGUGUGCAAUGAAAAAUGCAAGCACGGUUUGGGGAGGGGUUUUUCUUUUUUAACAAGAACAUUAUCUACUCCAUCCGAUCGGUUCCGGGUUCGAGUCCCGGGCAACCCAUUCUUUUUUUAUUGUGAACUUCAUAUUGUGAAAUCUGAUUUUAUAUUUUGUUUUGCAAUUCACUUCAGUUAUUCAAAAAGAAUUCGGAGAGAUCUCAAUGAAUAUUGGUUGACACGGGCGUAUAAGACAUGUUAUACUGUUGAAUAACAAGCUUUCAAUUCUCUAUUUCGAGAAGAAUUAAUGUGCUUGGGAGUCCCUGAUGAUUAAAUUAAAUAAACCAAGAUUUUACCAUGACUGCAAUUUUAGAGAGACGCGAAAGCGAAAGCCUAUGGGGUCGUUUCUGUAACUGGAUAACCAGCACUGAAAACCGUCUU